UCUUCUUUCUUCUAGACUUGAUCGAUCGCAAUCCCGGCGAAGCUAAUCGGCACACGUACUAAACUGCCUUCGAUCGACUUGGAAGCAGCCUUCUUCUAAUCUUAGCCAAAAUGGAAAUUCACAUAAGCGGGUCUGCUAAUGGCUCUGGGGCACCGGUAAUUGGAGAAGAGCUCGGCGCGGGCGAUGUAAGGAAAGGGCCGUGGACUGAUGAAGAGGACGAGUUGCUCAUCAACUAUGUACGGGCCCACGGAGAAGGCCGGUGGAACUCCGUGGCCCACUUCGCAGCAGGAUUGAAGAGAACUGGAAAGAGCUGCAGAUUACGGUGGCUUAACUACCUGCGGCCUGAUGUUCGACGAGGGAACAUCACGUUGCAGGAACAAUUGAUGAUACUCGAUCUUCAUUCCCGCUGGGGAAACCGGUGGUCGAAGAUAGCGAAGUAUCUGCCUGGAAGAACCGACAACGAGAUAAAGAACUACUGGAGGACGCGGGUGCAAAAGCAGGCCAAGCAACUCAAAUGUGACGUUAACAGCCAGCAGUUCAGGGAUGCAAUGCGGUACGAGUGGAUACCGCGGAUGAUGGAGCGAAUCCGAGCUUCAUCUGGGGCUACCUUAGGACAACACCCCAGUCCAAUGGACAGCAUGAAUCAUUGGACAAAUAUCCAGGUGCUCCAGUCUGGCAAUCACAUGAGGUCCCAGUCGCACGACCCAACAGUCAUGCCCGAGAUGUCGAGCAUGACAUCAGACUCUUCCGACUUCCAGCACUCGCCAGUUUCUGAUUUUUCAGAGUACUAUUACAAACCACCCAGCAACGUACACACGCAGACACAACAAGGUCCAACCGCUAAUGAUGUUAAUGGAUGUUCGGGCUUGACCAAUGUCGUGGAUCAGUUUGAUAUGGAUAUCAAUCACACGUUCGAGGAGAGCAAUAGUUUAUGGCUAUUAGGUGGAGGAGAUCAAUCGCUGUUAUCGGAUGACUUCUGGAAUGAAGAGAACAUAGGCUUCUUGCAACAGCAGCUCUCCGACGAGGAUAUCUGUAGCUUUUAGGGACGAAUUGGCUCAGGCAACGGUCGGCCGUGUUGAAUAUAUAUUGUGACUUCGAGUAUAUUCAAAGUGCAGUGCGGAACUGUGUGGAGAUGACUUUGUAUACUCGGAAGAGGAAGUGGGGUCAAAAAAGAAAUGAUUUGGGGUGAAAUUAACUAAUGGGAAUGGGAAUCUGAUCUCUUGAGUGAACGUUCAUAGAUGAUUAAUGCUCAUGCUAUUUGUUUCUUCUUUUUUUUUUUGGGGGGGGGGGUCCAUUUCAUGUACAAAAGAAUGACUAUUAACUUAUGAAAACAAAAAAGAAAAGAUGAGUAUUUUCUUCAGUCAUUAAUAGAAGAGCCCUUGUAUUUGAAAACAUAUGUAAUAUGACAAUCUUUCCAUAACUUAAUUUUCCCGUCGUUGAAUAUUGUGAUAA